AUGGCCCCUGUGCACGCGCUCGACCCGUAUUACCUGGGUCUCGCGAUCCUUGUUACGACGGGGUAUCAGCUCUUAGGAUUUGCGAUCGCUUGGACUUUUCAGUUUGACAAGAUUACGGAUUUCACGGGAGGCGGGUGCUCAAACUUUCUCUUGUUAGCCCUGCUCACGCUGUUGAUCGGCAACACGUUCUACGUGCGCAAUGUGGUCGCGAGUGUCCUCGUCAUGGUGUGGGCAACGCGCUUGGCCGGGUUUUUGCUGUUCCGUGUAUUGAAGGUGGGGAGCGACGCGCGGUUUGACGAGAUCAGGUCGCAUUUUUUCAAGUUUUUCGCCUUCUGGAUCGGCCAAAUUGUCUGGGUGUGGACUGUUUCACUGCCUGUCAUCAUUCUCAACUCGCCCGCGGUGUCUGACCCUGCACGGGGCGGCGUGAACCCCGCUUUCGGCACGUCGAAAGAUAUCGCGGGGAUCGUUAUCUGGGCUCUUGGGUGGAUUGUGGAGACGGUCGCGGAUGCGCAGAAGUUUUAUUACAAGUCCACAAAGCCCCCGAGAAACCAGCCCAACACCUACGGUAUUUGGGCGUGGUCUCGUCAUCCACCAUACUUCGGAGAGAUCAUGUGUUGGUGGGGUAUCUGGAUCUUAACCAUUUCCCCGAGCACGAACGGCGCGCUGGCAGGCUCCGCAAAAGCUGCACAAUAUGGUUCCGUCGUAUCUCCGCUCUUCACCACACUGCUCCUCCUCUUCGGCUCAGGCGUCCCUACGGCUGAAAAGCCGUCUGCGCGCCGAUUCUACCUGAUGACCCACGGUCCCCGUGCGCCUGACGAGGGCGUUUCCGCGUGGACGGCGUACAAGGCUUAUCUGCGCUCUACCUCGCUCUUGGUCCCGCUUCCGCCUGCAUUGUACCGUCGCCUUCCGGAGAUCGUGAAGCGGACCGUGUUGUUGGAUUGGCCGAUCUACAGAUUCGACGAGAAGACGGACGGGCCGAGAGCCAUCGAGGAGGAAAGGAGAAAAUUAGGGGAGGGGCUAAGCUGA